AUGUCUUCAGAUAAUCAGUGGUCAGCAAAUGAAGAGGAAAGCCAGUUAUCCCGGCUUAUCAGGAAAUCUAGAGAUUACCCUUUUAUCCCUAUAGGGAUAUCAGGCUUUGUGACUGUGGUGUCUUAUGGUCUUUACAAGUUAAAGCAUGGAAGAUAUAAGAAAAUGUCCAUUCAUCUUAUUCACAUGAGAGUUGCUGCCCAAGGAUUUGUUGUUGGAGCUAUGACUCUAGGUGUUCUUUAUUCUAUGUAUAAGGAUUACAUUAGACCUCAAUUCUUCAAUGUGUCCAAAAAAUGA